GCCGUCUUCGGCCAGUAGGCGGGGCACACCCGCAACCGGUUGCCGGCCAGGCGCAGACUUACAAAAAUAGGCCUCAUGAAUUUCGGGCUAUGCUUGUGGAAGGGCUAUUUUUUUUUUCAUACACUGAAGUUACCCAUCAUUUUGUUGGACCUGUGCUGAUAUUCAUCUUAGGGUGACGAGUGGAAAGGUCGUGCGAACAGAUGAUGAAAGCACCAUUAUUUUGUUAUUUGAAUCUCUUCCCAGGCUCAGCAACAAUAACAGACAUUUGUGGGAUGCUCUUGUGAUUCGACUGACUGGAAGAAAAAAUAAAUACAUAAAUAAAAAUAACAGUAAGCUCCAGACAGAAAAAAACCCAAACCAAAGGACUGCAUUCAAGGCCUGCCGGUCGUGCAUUGGGCAAGAGCCUCCUCGGGCCUUGUGAGAGAAAAGAGACCAACUCCCGACGACCCAGCAAAGACGGUCGCACGCAAAUCGGUCGUACCGUUUUCUCUUCAGAACCUUUUGCCUGAAGCGACCGAGCCAAGCUUUGCUGAACAUGCGCCAGAAGGGAAAGUCAGCAGGCAUCACUUCCCAUUUCAGGCAGGAUCUUUUCCCUCCUUCUCAUGUGUUGUCGUAGCACGCAGGAAUCAACAUGGAUAACCUUGUGUACACACACAACGAGAUCAGUGGCUUCUACUUCGGGCUUCAGUUGCAAAGUCGAAAUACUCGCACAAUGUAGAAAUCACGUUGACAGAAAUGCAGAUUGCCUUUUGUGAGCCUGUUGAAAGCGGGAGUGCGAGCUCAAGACCCGAUUUCUCAAAGCCGCCAACUUUCUCGGCCUCCCUAAGACUCAAACCGUAAAACCGUCUUCUCUCCGUCUUCAGGUGACCUGUCCACUUGACGUUCGCCUUUUUGUGACUCUUGCAACCGACUCUGGUUGAUUUCAGACUCGAUUGCAAAGGACUGGCUGGCUGUUAUUUUCACCCCACCGGAUCUGAUCAGGCUUUGACGCUGAGCCGUGCAGAGGCUCUGUCUGAGCAGGGAUAGAUGCGUCCGUUUCACUUGAUUUCUUGUGUGGUGCAAUAAUCUUCAGGAAAGUAGCGAUGGCAAAAUGGGAGGUCGUAAAAGCUGUGACAUGAUAGAAGAAGAAGAGACGGCAACCAAGCGUCCUCUCGUUGGGCCCUCUGCGUGAUAUCGUUCUUGACUUCGAAAGACAGCCCUCAGUCUUGAGGGAAACGAGCCCAAAAUGAUUUCUUCGUUCAUUUAGAAUAUGAGUUAGGUAUUUCACGUAUUCGAGAUUACCGUUUUUUUUUCCCUUUCUUUUGUCACGGCAAAACCAAGGGAUCUUCAAACCGUGAACAACUGUCACGUAAGAAACGGCAUGUUUUGCUCUUUUCAAGUGCAUGGAGAGCUGUUCUUCGAUCAUCGCUCGGCCAUGAUUUGUCUGUGUCCAGAGUUUGCGCCUCCUCCCAGUGUUUGCCGUAGCGUUUGUCAAACGGCGCCCGAGACUGCCUUCUCCCGUAUUCCUUGAAGCUGAGCAAACCCUGCAUGUUUUUUUCAUGCCCGUUGAGGUCAAUCCAGCCUUCCAUCCCUUGCCAAUCAGUUCUGGCUAAUAGAUGUUGGCCGUUUGCUUCAAUGUAUGGACAGUGUUCGUCCACGGAUACGCCAUGUGGAUGUGCUCGAUGAAGCCAUUUUAGCUUUCAGGGAAAGGAUCGUUGUCGGAAAGGGACGCCCACCACGUGGAACUGAACAAUGGCUUUGAAGACAAUUCUCCCGAUACCAUCGGACGGUAUGCAUCGUGAUGAUUUCAUCGUUUUGAAUAUGCACUGAAGACCGACACCGUCGUUCCUCCAUCGCACAACUUGCCCGCGUGGCGUUGAACAACGGUGAGACUUGAGAGCGCGCCAUGGGCGCGGCACGCGUCAAACGGCGCUUCAGCGCUGUGGUGGAUGGGCCAGUGGAGGAGGAGGAGGUCAUGAGGCUGGCGCAGAGUGCAGCGGACACGGCUCGGGCGGGCGGGAGCCCGACCGGAUCCGGAACCCCAAGCGGCCCCUCCCCGAGCCACGCCGUCAAUGGCGUCGCCCUGCCUCUCGACCGCGAUGCACGGAGGCAGAGUGCCACGGGAGAGUCAGCGGCAGGAGAAGGCGGGGAGAGAACGGCGGCAACGUGCUCGGACCCGAGGAGGGGAAGAGGAAGUGGUGCCGGAGGAAGAGGGGAAGGCCGGCCCAACUCAGACCGGGAUUCCCGCUCUUCCCCCUGCACCACGAGCCGCCGGCACAGCCGGCGUGCGGGGCGCCGGCCCCGAAAGCGCUUUGUGGGCAAGGACGGACGCUGCAACGUUACCUUUGUCAACAUGAGCGAGAGGGGCCAGCGCUAUCUCAGUGACCUCUUCACCACCUGCGUGGACAUCCGCUGGCGCUGGAUGCUGGUCAUCUUCACUCUCUCCUUUCUUCUCUCCUGGCUGCUCUUUGGAUUUGCCUUCUGGCUCAUUGCCUCCGCGCACGGGGACCUCUCCGUUCGCCUCAUCCCCAUCGCCGGCACCGAGGCCGAGACCGAGGCCGGCGCCGGAGGAGCGAGCGACAGAGAGGCGGCGUCGGUGGCGCGGGAGCCCUGCUUCCUCCAAGUGAACAGCUUCAUGGCGGCUUUCCUCUUCUCGCUGGAGACGCAGACCUCCAUCGGUUACGGAUUCCGAAGCGUGACCGAGCAGUGUCCCCUGGCGGUGGCGGCGGUCGUUUUGCAGUGCAUCAUGGGCUGCAUUAUUGACGCCUUCAUCAUCGGGGCAGUCAUGGCAAAGAUCGCCAAGCCCAAGAAGCGCAACGAAACUCUGGUCUUCUCCGAAACCGCCGUGGUGGCCCUCCGGGAUGGCAAACUGUGCAUGAUGUGGAGAGUGGGAAACCUGCGCAAGAGUCACCUGGUCGAGGCUCAUGUCCGAGCACAGCUGUUAAAGUCAAGGGUGACGGCAGAAGGAGAGUUCCUUCCACUGGACAACUUGGACAUCAAUGUUGGCUUUGACACGGGCACCGACCGGAUCUUCUUGGUCUCGCCGGUCACAAUCGUCCACGAGAUCGACGACGAGUCACCAUUCUUUGAGAUGGACCGCAAGACCCUGGAAAGUGAUCGCGAACUGGAGGUGGUGGUGAUACUGGAGGGCAUGGUGGAGGCCACGGCAAUGACCACGCAAUGCCGCAGCUCUUAUCUAGCUUCGGAAAUCCAGUGGGGCUAUCGUUUUGAACCUGUGCUCUUUGAGAAGAAGGACUGCUACGAGGUGGACUACUCAUUCUUCCAUCGCACAUACGAAAUCCCAAACACGCCCUUGUGUAGCGCUAAAGAGCUUGCGGAGCUCAAAUACAUCAAGAGCUCACGCUCAUCAUUCUGCUAUGAGAACGAAGUGGCUCUGCAACAAAUUCCUCCUGAGGACGGAGCCGACCCAGAUCCCGAGUGUCCCGCGCCAUCAAAUAGGAGGCUGUCGGACCACCUCCACUACACCUGAGAGAAAGAGUAGAAUGGAGAGGUCGCGUUGGAUGGACUCUACGCUGUCACCAUGUUGGCCGAUUGGUCCUGGCAAUCUUUCAAAAUCGUUGAAAAUUUGAAUCUGCUCAGUCCCAACCUGGCCCAUCACUACUGCAGCACAGCCAUCAUGGAUGGGACAAACAACAGCUCCCCGUGGUGGUUGUCACUUGCAACUGCAUUUCCCAUGGACCUUGCAAGGAUUUCAGUGGAAUUCUGAUGCAGUGAAUGGUGGUGUAUCCUCUCAGGUACACCUCAGGAAUGUAUCUCAGUAUUAUGCUGAUUUAAAGUUGUGCUUUUCACAUGGUAAGUAUGGACAAUACAGUGAACCCUCGUUUAUCGCGGGGGGGGGGGGUACAUUCCUGAAAGAACCCGCGAGAGGCGAAAGUAGUCGGUAGAACUGCUCAUGAAGGUUUUCUUUUUACUUUAUAAAGACUUGACGAGUCGACCAAUGUUCAACAGCCUUUAUUGUCCACCCACGCGUCCAUCGCCGAUGAACACUGACAAAAAUAGACAAUAACACAAUGUACAACAUACCUUCAGCAUCUCAACAACAAAAAACACACAAUCAUGGCCACGUACCGUUUCGCCUUCUAAACAGAAAUGUAGGAGUCAUGAAAAGAAAUCGAAGCUCUCCGUAUGCACCUCACGCUUUCGUCUCUUUUCUCAAAAAGACGUAACUCCGUCCUAAUCAGCGUGAACCACUUCCUGCCACUCAAUGCAAUCCUCAAAUGUAACAGCAGAGGGCACAAUAACCUAAAUAAAUGUGGACUCAUCAGCAAAUCACAUGCCGGGAAAAAGGAAAGCGCGAUCGUACGUUAUUUUAAUAUAACCGUGAAUCACGACAGUUACGGUCAGCUUCAUUUUUACAAUGAUUAAAAAACACAACACCGUACUAUAAAAUGAAACCAAAGAUGCAAACCUGUUUUUGUUGCAAACCUAAAUUUGGUAAGCUGUACAUUGACGAAGCGCGGAGAUUUGACAUUGGUCUACAGUCCCCCACCCAAUCAGGACGCAGACACACUGUUU